UGACUCAAUAGCGCCUCGCACGUUGGCCACGCCACACGUCGGUCGCCGGGCUUAAUUCGAGUUCUUUCCUCAUUCGAAUCGAGACGAAUCGAAUCUCGUCGUUGUUGUCGUCCAUCGCCGGCGUGCGAAACGCGUCAGUUGCGAUCCGUAAAUCGCUUAAUUGGCCGACGGAAUAAUUUUGAAAGGAAGCAAAGCCAAAGCCAAAGUAAGCAGCACUCAAACAAAAUCAAAACGCUUUUCCUUCUUGUGUUUUGUGUGUUGUGGUUUUUCUUGUUUUUUUGUUUUGUUUGCGUGUGUUUUUGUGUGUGUGCGUCGCGCUCUGUGUGCAGUGAACAAGCAAAACCAAGAGUAAAUAAUAUAUGCAACAUAAAUCAAAAUAAAAAUAUAUAAACCAAACAACAACAAUUACAACAGCUUACAGUUAGCGCCGCGUUAUUUCCGUUUCCGCGCCGCCGACGCGUCGUGCCUCGUCUCCCUCCGCAUUCCGUUUACCGUGACUCGUGACUCGUGAGUCGUGAGCCGUGAGCCGUGAUUCGUGAGUCGACUGCUGCAUAUCCUGCAAUUACUUAAAAGACUUUCGGUCUAAAUGGCAGACGCAGCACACAUGGAGCACAAACCUCGCCGGACGCUGAUGCUCUUGGCGCUCCUCACGGUUUGUCUGUUGCCCGACGCCAAGGCAGCCGGAAAUGAUGCUAUUUCCUCUGUCGUUGGUGUUGGCGUUGGCGCUGUUGCUGGUCACCGUCAUCGCCAGCCAGAGGCACCGACGCUGCUCCUGAAGAAACGUGACGCCAACAGCAACAACAACAACGAGGAUAACGAAAACAACGACGACGACGUCGACGACGACGGAACAACAACGAAGCAGCGACAAUCGAAGGCAUACAGAGACUUUGAUUUUUCAGCCUAUGUCAAUGAUUUCAAUUUGCAAGCAGAGGCCAGCAUACCGGAGGACAUAUUUGACCAGCAUGAUGGCGACUUGGGCGAGGAUGCGGCCACCCAGCUGCAAUAUGUGGAGCCUGCGGAUGCGGAUGCUACUGCUACCGCUGCUGCUGAUGAUGACGAUGGCGAUGGCGAUGGCAUCGAUGUUGACGAAUCCGAGGCGGCUGAUAUUAUACUUGAAUCUCAAAGGCCCACUUCAAGGAAUUUCACUGUUUACCUAGCCAAAGAUGGCAAAGCAGUCAAGAAGAAAUACCAAAACAACAACAACAGCAACAACAACAAUAACAGUAACAAUAAAAACCACUACAACUACAAAUUGAAAAACAAUAAAGAGAACACCUUGCCGAAGAGAGUUGCUCAAGAUGAAGAUGAAGAUGAAGAAGAGACAGCAGCCAAAUCCACUUCCGGUGACAACAACAACAACAACAGACAACUGAAUGAGCAGGACAAAGUAAGCGUAGAUGGAGAUGAAGACACGGACAUGGACAUGGACAUGGACAUGGAAAUGGCAGAGGAAGAUGAGGACAAUGUGGAGCAUGAGACGUCGAAGCCGAAGCCGAACGCGAACUUUGGCAGCAAAAGUUUUGCGUAUAAAAAAUUUAAGAACAUGCACGAACAGCAAAAUCAACAGAAGCAAAAGGAGCAGCAGCUGAAGCAGCAGCGGCAGGCAAAUGCCAACAGUCCAAGCCAAAGGAGUCGAAAUGGCGAUGGGAAACAACAGCAGCUGGAGCGGCAAAGGGAAAUGGAACGAGAAAGGGAACGAGAAAGGGAACGUGAACGUGAACGUGAACGACAACGAGAGCAACAGCAGCAGCAAGAGCAGCUGUUUGAUUCUAUUGAAAUAUUAAAUGAACGAAAAUUUAAUAAAGCGUCGGGCCAAUCAACGUUGCAAGCGGCUGCUGCUGCUGUUGCUGCUGCUUCUAAGGAUGUGGUCGCUGGCGAGGACAUUAUGGCAAUCGGCGAUAUUGAGGACAAUUUUGGUAAUGAUGAAGUAUUGGCGGAAAACAUUAAGUCCACAAUUGACAAUGAUGAAUCAGCAAAGGAGACAACCACAGCAACUUCCACCACCACCACCACCACCACAACAACAGCAGCAACAACAACAACAACAGCAGCAGCAACAACAACAACAGCAACAUCAAGCACCACAGCAGCAAGCACAGAGCUCAACUUGGACUCAGGUUACAUUGGACACAAGAAGAAGCGACACGGCCAAGCUUGGGGCAGCAGCAGAUACUAUGACAAGGACAACUACAGCAUAGGCCGUGUACAGCAGCAACAGCAACAGCAACAGCAGAAGGAACAACAGCACAAGCAGACGUUACUCGAGUCAGAUUCCAUUUUAGAUUCCAGCUCCGAUGUGGGCGAGUUGCAUUACUACGAUGGCAGAGCGGCAGAGUUGGCAAAAACUCUCGACAGCAAAUCGCAUGCCAAUUACUUGAGUGGCUAUUUUGCUCGCACAAUCAAUGAAACCAAACAAGAUGAUGACGACAACGACGCCGAUGACGAAGGAGAAGGUGAAGGCGAAGCUGUGGUAGUUGGAGAAUAUGCGGAAGCGCAGCAGUUGCCACAACUCGAAACGGAAUCGGAAUCUGCAUUGCGUUAUCAUCCGGAUGUGGCAAGCACAACGGCAUCGCCGUCGGCCUUCGAACGCUUUAAGGCGCUGCGUCGCAGCAAUCGCCGCAACGGACACAAGAUGCACAAAAAGCGCUACAAGGACUAUCUGAAGCACAGUCCGACGGUGACUCCUAAAUAUGCACUCAAGUUGCGCAAAGAUCGCGAGCAUCGCGAACGCGAACGUCAGCGACAACAGCAACAACAGCAGCAGCAGCAACACGAUGAACAGCAGCAACAUGCGGCGCCAAUCUUUGCGCUUGGCUUGCGACCGCAGCGAGCGACAGCGAAACCCUUCUACGAGGGUCAAGUGAACUAUUACGAUCACCAGGACGAACCGCAGGAGCAACAGCAGCAGCUGCAGCCACAGCUUGGCCACGAUGUGGACAGUCAUCAUACGGAAAUGGAGCGACUGAUUGCCAACGACAAUGGCAAUUGGUAUCGUCGGAUCAGUCCAGUGUUGCGCAACGGUGUGAAGACCACAAGCAACGAGCAACAGUUGCUGCUGCAUCAGCCACAGUCGAAGCAUCAUCAUCAUCAUCAUCAGCAUCACUUGAAGCAUCAUCAUCAUCAGCAUCAGCAUCACAAUCAUCAUCAGCAUCAGCAUCAUCAAAAGCAUUUGCAGCGCCAACGACAACCGAAUCCGUAUCAACGCAAAGCCUUGGCCCAGCCAGCCACGCCUCCAACCACGCCCCUGGCGCCGCUGCCGCCACCCAAACAGCAGCUGGGACAUCAGAUCACCGAACUGGAGCAACUCGAGCGCUACUACGCCAAGUGGCCGCAUCUGGCACGCGUUCAAUUCCAGGUGUACGACGAACACUAUCGCGAAUCGCAUCCGGAACUCUAUGCGGACUACGAGGCGGAUGAGGACUAUGAGACGGCCGCUGAGCUCGAGGAGGCGCAGCAGGAUCAUGGCGAGGAGGCGCUCCUGCCGCCGUACAUCAAGAAGUACAAUCGACGCAACAAGCAGCUGCUCAAUCUGCUCGAAGGCACUUUACCGCCACCGACGCCGACGCAACUGCUGCCGAUUCGCCUGGACGAUGAGUAUGUGAAGCAGAAGCGACGCCGUUAUCAGCAGCGUUACGAGGAUCUGUUCGCUCAGCAGCGCAGCACGAGCACCACGAGCAGCAGCAGCAGCAGCACCGCAUCGCCAACAGCAGCAUCAGCAGUAACAGCAACAUCUUCGGUGACUUCGCUCGUUGUUGGCAAUCAGCUGCCCGAGGAGGACAAACAAGUGGAGGAUGCCAUCAACAAUUAUUACGAGGCAACCGCAGCGAGUAAAGUGGCAACGGAAGCGGCGCCAAAAGCGGCGCUCUUCAAGCUUCCACUCUAUCCGGCCAUUGCGGGCAGUUUCCUCGGCACGCCGCGCAGUCGCAGCGCACAAUUUGUGGCGAAUGUCGCUGGACGUGGACAGCAAAGCAGCUGGCCUGGACCAGAGAGCAACACUUCAGCGCCGCCUUCAGCAUCACCGCCUGCCGCAUCGCCCCUCAACUCGUUUGUCUAUCAUCGUGUUGUGGAUGGUGUGGGAUCAUCAUCGUCCUCAUCAUCAUCGACGGCGACCAGCUCGAGUCGCAAGCAGCGGCUGCCAUUUGUGGCCAUCACUGAUCGGCGGCUGGACAGCUUGAGCUCGCGGCACAAAGACUUUGAGCAAUCGAAUCACUAUCCGUUGCCUUAAACAGCCAAGCAGCGAUUAUUCUAUAUACAUAUAUAAUUAUUUUUUUUUUUUUUUGGGCAUGAAACAUAUCAACAACAACAGCAGCAGAAAAGUAGAACAAAAAGCGAUGUGCAACCCCAAAAAAAAAAGAGAAAAAAAAACUUAAUUAUAAACGUAACUUAGAUCUAAAUUUUUGUGUAGACGCUUUUCAAUUCGAUUUUGAGUUGUAAAUUUUCAACACACACAGAAAGUAGUGAAAAAAAAAAACAAAAAACAAAAAAAGUGAAAACACUUUAGCGAUAAUUUUGACACUUUUGUUUCCCAAAAAAACAUAAAAUAUAAAGCGUAAACGAGAUAUAUAGGCAAGUAACAAUAAAAACGAAGAAAAAAUUAACAAGCAAAAAAAUGGAAAGAAAUAAAAAAUACUUAAACUAAGCUAUGAAUUUUUUUUUGUGUAUGAUAGUCAAUGACACAAAGAACGACAACACCGCAACAGUAGAUAAUACUAUAUAUAAAACACUUAUAUGUGUAUGUACACACACACACACACACAAACACACCCUACACACACACACACAGUUUAUACGUAAGCCUCAAAGUAUGCUACAAUUAUUGUUUAACACUGCGCAUACUUAAUAUAUUCAACUUGCUCUGAUAGAUCGAUCCAUAGACAAUGCUCCAGCUAUUUUGACCCUCUGCCCCGCACGAAAUUUUGAGAGCACGCAUCAAAUAGGUUUCAAAAUUAAAAUCACACUCAAACAAAUAACGAUUAAUAGACAAAAAUACAUAUAUCGAAAAAGCAGAUGAACUCUAAUAUUUUAACAAAACAAAACUAAAAAUAUACUUAUAUUAACAAGAAAAUACAAAAAUAAAAAAUAAAUUAUCUUGUAUCAUUUAUUAUUUAAUAUAUUACUUUUCAUAGAAUUAUAUUGUUUUGUUUUCCAACCACACAAAUAAAGAACAACAAACACACAGCUAAAAGUAAAGUCAGCUUCCCAGAAAGCUUUACAUAAAAAACAUACAAAUAAAGAUAUAUAUCAUUUGUGUAUGUGCGUGUCACUUGCUAGAAUACUAAACAUAGAAAUAAAUCAACAUUAGGCACAGCAAACACAACACAACAAAAUACACACAAAUCAAAGUGCAAAAAGUAUUUAAAGAGCAUGAAAGUCGUUUUAAAAUUGCAAUUUUAUCAGAAAGUUGUUUUCCCCAACAUUUUUAAAUAUUAAGAAUGCGACUGGAUGAGCGAAAAACUAAGUAGGAAAAGGAUGCGGGCGAAAAUCGAAUUUCGAUGGCAAAAGGGAAAAAAUUGUCAAGUCGUCGUUGCAAAUGAAAUCAAAGCGUCAAUGCAGCUAAUCAACAUAUCAAAACGAGACGAGAGCGAAGCAAAAUGAAAAAAAAACCUAAAACAAAAUACAAAAACAAGCAAACGAAAAAAAAAGAUGAUUAAAAUUGAAGAGAAAACAAACAAUGAUUUUUCUAUAAACGCAAAGUUAAAAUGCAGUUUCUUCUAUGACAACACAUUCCCAACCAUGAAUUGAAAAAGUUAAAUCGCAGUGUGAUUUUUUUUUUUCUUCUUCCAAUUUCCAAUUUUAAUUAAAUUCCAUUUCUACCAUAUACAUGAUUGAAAUGAAAUAAAGUUAUCAAGGAUGAAUAACAAGUACUUUUCUUAUUGAAGGGCAAAAAAAAAGGUGUACAGCAAAAAUGUAAAUGAAACUUUCAACUCAUUAAUAAAAUUUAAUUCGAAUUUCGAUGAUUUUUCAAAUGUUUGUAAACUUAUUUGACACAACAAAAAAAACGAACGUCGCAAUUUUACUUAUUGUAAAAUGAAAAUAAAAUUGGAAAACAAACAAUAAUAACAAUACGAUAUAUGCAUCGAUAUAUGAUAAGUACACGAACGAUACGCGAUUUAACAGUUUCAAUGAGCAUAGAAUUAAAUGACAAAAACAAAUGGAAAAUUAUUGUACUUAGGCGUUUAUUUAUGGUAUAUGUAUGUAUGUGCAAAAAAAGCAGACGAUUAAUGAACACAUAUACAACACACACACAAACAAUGACAUACACACACACACAACUGUCAUUAUAUGGUAACAUUUUAAUGGAAUGAAAUUCAAUAAAGCAAAACUUAUUAUUUACGCAUAAAUAUAGUUCGAGUAUGUGGAAAAUGUUUU